CUGUAGAAUACAUUUUACUCGCGUGCGAAUGCGUGGUUAAAUAUUCUCGCCCGUGUUCCGCGUGUGGACAAACAGUUGGCAGGAUUCGAAUGGUGAUGGGGUUCCGCGACGUGCAAACUUCUCGUCGAUUCUCCUUCGCCCACGAUCUUCGAGCACUCUAGUCCACUCUUGGCGGUAAUGGAAGAACCUGAACGUACGCGACAAAUCGCUCAGUAUUCAGCGAACAUCAGUGAGACGCGUAUCCUUUUCCGCAGGAUUCGGAAGGAUCCUAUGGCAGUCACUUAAACGCUGGCCACGAUCGAGAAUGCUACGUCAGUUGGCACGCGUCCAUUCGCCGAAAUAAUCGUUGCACUUGUUUCUGAGGUGUAUGAUCGGUGUGAUGUACUGCAUCAAGGGCAAAGUGGUUGCUUUAGAAGACUGAACCGAGCUUGAUCCAUUGCAGAUAUCACGACGUUGAAGAUAUCCUCGAGAUGAUGCUGCAAAGGGCUUACAUUCAGCAGAUCGGAGGUGUCUUCUUCAAUGCUUUUCUUGUUGGAAUGGUUACGUUGUUAAUCUGUGAGAAUAUCACGAAGGCGGACGAAGUACCUGCAUUCUUCUUGAAGAUUGCUAAGAUACCUACGUUGCCCCGGGUUGGUCGCAGUGACAGAUUCGAAGAUUUCUUUUACAAAGCCGAGAAACAUAUACCUCGUAUUGGCAGAAAUAGUCAACAGGAUGAGACUUACACCGAUUUAACUAAAAGACGCAUAGACUACCCUCCGAAAGUAGACGGAUGGUCUUCGCAAAACUUCCCUCUUGCAAUUGAAGGACCGAGGGAGUUAUGGAGAACUUUAGCAGGAUAUUCAAGAGAUGGGAGCGAUGAUAUUGAGAAUGAAGUAUGGCAUAGAAAAAAAAGGACAGAAACUGAACCAAUUACCACGCAGGAAAAAUAACCACAUGCAGAAGCUCUUCAUCGUCUUGAGAAUAAUAAAUGCAGAUAUUCGACUUUUGCUGCUACGGUGACGGGAAAUUAUAAAAAAUAAUAAAUAGAAAAACAAGAUACUUUGUCGCUUUAAUCCUUUUCCAACUUUAAAGUAGCUCAACGAGUCAUAAUCCUUUCCUUAGCAAUAUUGUAUUAGUAUUCGUAAAAAUUAAAAAGUCGUAGAAAAUAAAUUAUUUAAAGAACAGAUUCUUAACAUAUUUCAUACUUUAAACUUUACUGAUUGUUCGUAUUAAUAUUCAAAUAUUUGCCGAUAAUAAAAUUAUAAAAAAGUUACAAAGAUA